UUCCUCUGUUGUUUCACGGGAUUUUGAUUAUCAUUGCUUUUUGGCGCCCCUCCACCACCUAUCACUUCUUCUAUCUCUGAAAAUUUAGGAAAAGCUGAUCCUACAACACUCGCAGGCUUAUCUUACAGGGUAAAGUUCAUUGUCAACUCUGUUUCAGGUAGAGCUGUUUGUUUUGUGGACUGGAUCCUUGGCGGAGCCCAACAAGUUACAGGACAGCAUAUCUACUACGACUAAUACGGACCGAAAGAGAGGCUUCCACCGCACAGUCUAUCCAGAUUUUGCAAACCAGGCAAGCUCCUCAAACUGAAAAUGGGAAGAGGGAACAGCGGUGACUUGCAAUCCCUCGGCUGGAACGCUCAUCGCCACCUUUCGAGUCCGAUUGCUCAACCAAGGUAUCGUUUUCAAGCCGUCGAGAAAUGCAAGAAGUCACUCGAGGGCAGCGUGGUCCAAGAAAUUCCCAACGCCAGGGAACCCUUCAAACAGAUCAUGGCCGAAAUGGUCUUGCUAUGCACAGAAGCGAUCAAACGCAGCCGGUCGGGAAGAACCGCAUCGAAGCCUCUCUCUCUGGAAUAUAUUGCUGAUCGGCUGGAUGUGGAUGAUCCUUGCUUUGGGUACGUCGUUCGGAGUGAGGAAGGGCACCUCCAGGGCUUCAUAACCGUGACAACCUUUACCAAUUGGCAGAAGACCUUCAGUUGGGACUCGCUACAGGAAAUGUCCUUUUACUACGAUGGUGACCUUGAUAAUGAUGUUGAUACCAGAAAUGAUGCCAACAACCACAAGGAACAAGGGGGCGGAAGCGAUGGCGAAGGGAAAGGAAAGCAAUCUGCAACAAUAACACCCGUGAGGGGGACAACAGAAAAUAAUAACAUAGGCAGUCAAAAUACGAGCAAUGCUGCGAAGAAAAAGGGUACGCCUCGAACGCCUCUUCUGCGCGGGAAAACCUCGAACAAACGAGGUCGGCGACCACAGAGACCGAAACGAAUUAUUGACGAGGACGGAAGUUUAGCAAAAGAACUCGAGAAUACAGUCCGAUUGGGAGAUCCGUACAAUGAAGGCAUCGUGUGGCCUCGUAUUGCUGAAAUAUCGCUGGUACGUAGAGUUCCAUGUGUGGCGUGAGUUACGAUUCAGAGUGGACUAUCGCAUAAUUUUUUCCCGACUUAAGGUAGUCACUUGUCCCUUGAGUUAUCACUAUUUUUGAUUGUAGAGAGGAUUGGACUCAGAUCUAUCGAACAGAUUACAACGCUAUGACUGGUAGCUGCCAUUUGCUUUCAUUUUCUUUUCGAAUCAACUAACCUACCUUUCUUUGUGUCAUUUUACAGUUGGGGGCUCUUGGCUGCGGUAGAGUUCUAGUGCAAUUAAUUAUUGAACAACUUGAAUUUCAACGGGCGACGGGUUCCGCAAACUACGAUUACAUCGCAUUGCAGGCAACAGACAAUUCAAUCCCCUUCUACGAAUCGCUAGGUUUUGUAAGAGUUGGAGCAGUAUGCUAUGAUACCAAACAAGAGCAGGAUGGGGAUACAGGCGAUGGACGGGCCGACGGGGAAACCUCGUCGGAGAAAACGACAACAGGAUUGGUGAUGCCAAAGUCAAUAGUUUCUAGUCCAAAUUUUGUUCACGAGGUAGUCAAACCAGGGGAAUCACCAAACGAAUUAUCCAAACGAUUCAAGGUCUGUGUUUGGGACAUCAUAUUUUUGAACAAGGAUAUUUAUCCAGAACUGAGACCUACCAGCCGACUUAUCAAGGGCACGCAGUUGUACGUCCCGAAGAGACAGGAAGAAAAGCCUUUAUCAGCAUCCCCAGUAGUCAACGAUCUGGCUAGCACCUGUUCUACGCCAGGUCCCGAAACACCAACGAAGUGGUUUGUUGCGAAGGAAAACGAUACACCACGCAAAAUUGCGAAACAAUUCGGAGUUGCAUGCAACAAACUUGUAGCCGGAAAUCGACGUCGACUGCCAGAAUUGCAGGCCACAAGCCGACUAAGGGCGGGGACGAAAGUCAAAGUUUCAAACCUUGACCAACAGGACAAAAUUUGCGAGCCAUAUUGUCAUUGGUCUUUUCCAGAGGAUACAGCUGUUGAGGGUGGAGAUCCUAGUUACAUGAUGGUUUACAAAUUAAAUCGCAAGACAGCUCGUAGCCCUCGAACGGUCAGAGAUUCCUUAGCUGUCCCUGUGAGCAAAUACAGUCCUCCCAAGCUGCUAUUUCCGGCACCGCCAAAACAGGUUACUGCAUCUGGGUCCGGAGCUGAAGCUCCUGCUCCAGAACCUCAAAUCAGGUCACUUCGUCUACGAAGCUCACAAAGCUCUAAGGAGCGAAGCAUCGAGUUGAAAUUCCCAAAGCAACCUAAACGGCCUGAAGAGCUUAAAAAGAAACCACCUGAAGACGGAAAACAGAUAUACUGGGACCACCAAAAAGAGUUACACCCGGAGCUCAACAAAUCUACUCCCGAAAAUGAGAAGACCAUAAAAGAUAGAUGGAGUAGAUUGGGAAAUCAUAAGAAGGAACGAUAUCACGGGGUUGCUGCCGAGGCAAGCAAAAUUUACAAAAAGAUCGAACAAGAAUACAAGGGGAGACUGUCGGUUUGGAAGAAGGAAUGUGAUAAAAUCAGAGAAGACCACGAGCUAGAGUUACAGCGAAAAGAGGCCGAGGCUGCGGCUUCUAGAGACAAAGAAAACUCUAUGUUCAAUAAAGUCGUCAAGCUUCGUGAUGAUGCACUAGACGGUAAAGACUACAAAUAUUGGUUUGUCCUUACCUUCAUUCCAGACUUAAAAUGGUGCCAUCUGGCUCCAAUGGUUCAAGAGGGGCAUUUUGGACCAGAUCGAAAGCGUUCUCAUGGAAGACCYCGCUACCGUUUGGUUGACGAAAAGCUAGGUAAAGAGCUGGAUAUAAGCAGUUGCUUUUGUAUCCCAGUUAAAUCCAAGGCCUUAAAACGUACAGUAGAUGCUGACAAGGAAGAAUGGGAUAUCAUUGAUGGACCUGUUGAAUUAGUGAAAGACGAUGCGGUGACAGACACCAUCUCAACGCUUUCAGAGAGUGCAUGUGCCAUCGGUUCGACUCGAAAGAGACUGAGCAAGCAACCUAAAUUUCGAGCUCGAACUCCUGUGAAGCCCCUAAACGGAAAAAUAGUGAUCGGAGGUUCUGCAAGACAUACUCAAGAUCCUUUGAAACGAACCCGUGCCAGUCCUGCGUCGGGUCGUAAAAGACGGCUCGAAGAAAUUCUGGCGGAGAAAUCUUCAGGAAGCAAGAUGACUUCCCCUACACGUGAACGAAAACGGCGCCGCUGUAUGCGGUGCAUUGAAAACGGUGGGUCGCCAUCCCAGGCGGUUGAGUGUCUCGGCGCAAAGGGGCGUUUUGGGCGGGAUGCAUGCGAGUAUUUUGAUGCUAAUGGGACAAGGAAAACAUCAUCCGGGAUGAUGGAGCUAACGAAUACGGAAAAUAGUGACGAUGAAAGGAGGAUAAGAACCAACGUUGUUGCACAUUUGGAGAAGAUCGAAGUCACGCUCGCGCCAUCUCCGCCUCGAAGACCGAACCGCCGUCCCGAUGCAUCUGGAUCAAAACCAUCUUCACCGAUGCGCCCCGCGUGGUCUUCACCAAGAAGGGACAGCGCCACUGAAAACAAAAACGGACCUCUCGAGGAAAAGAAAGACGACAUAGAAUCACGCGGGAACAUUCAAUGAAAGUCUCGUCGCCACGUCUGAUGCAUUCAACUCACGCAACAAAAAUGCCGCCUAGUUGUGAUGCAAAUGAUCACCUGAAUUGAAAUGUUCGCUCAAUUGAUUCGAAAUAAUUGCAAAUUGAGUUUCUUUGGCAUAUCUGAUGCAUUUUAAACCAAUUGGACCGCAAAUCUUACUGAAUGAUUUAAAUUGAAAAUAAUGGUUCGGGAAAAGUGAUUGAGGAUACGAAAUCGACUGCAACAACAUGGUUUGUCCUUUUAAAUGCUACAAGAUUAGGUUAGAAUUAAAUAAAGUAGAUACA